UGUGGCAGUUUGAGGGUCUCUGAGGCCAGGUUAUCAGGGACCCCUCUUCUGAUAUCGCUAUCGAUAUCGCUGAAGUUCUGCUCAAGCAAAGUUCCUGAAUCCAGAGUGGCAUGCCAGCACAGAAAGCGUGGUACGAGAUCUCAAGGAAUGCUAAGUUAAAAGAAAGCAAACCGUUUUUCUUUUGAAAGGUGAGGCUGAGCAAUGCUUGGAAGGUUUCCGCAUUGCAUUAAAAGGGGAAUCUCCCAGUGAACUUAGUACUGAUUGAGGCUGACAACAGCUGACGUCUCAAAUCCCUGGUGCCAACUUAAUGGAAAGAGACAAGCCGGGCGCUUCUCACAACUGUCCCUGCGGAGCUGAGGAGCGGAUAUUCUUCUGUGCUUUGCUUGUUGCCAUUCGGUUCUUCUGAUCUCGAGAAGAAAGCGAACAGACAGCAGCAGCAGCAGCAGCCAGACAGAAAGGAUACCAGAAAGACCAGCAGGGAGCAUUCAAAAAGAAAAAGAGAGAAGAACGGGGACAUUCGUUUGAAUUGGUUUUGAAAGAGGAAAGCUUCAGGUGAAGAAGAAGAAGAAGAAGAAGAAGAAGAAGGAGGAGGAGGAGGAGGAGGAAUAAACAGGGAGGUUGAAGAAAGAAAGGUGGACGAGCAGCGGGCCAUGGGGCAGCAGCUGAGUGAAGAUAAGGAGGCUGAGAUUGGCGUGGCCGAGCUCCAGGAGUGGUAUAAGAAGUUCGUGGUGGAGUGCCCCAGUGGGACUCUCUUCAUGCACGAGUUCAAGGGCUUCUUCGGGGUCACGGACAACCAGGAGGCAGCCGAGUACAUCGAGAACAUGUUCCGUGCCUUCGACAAGAACGGGGACAACACGAUUGAUUUCCUGGAGUACGUGGCAGCGCUGAACCUGGUGUUGAGAGGGAAGCUGGAGCACAAGCUGAAGUGGACCUUUAAGAUGUACGACAAGGACGGGAACGGGUGCAUUGACAAGACGGAGCUGCUGGAGAUUGUGGAGGCUAUAUACCGAUUGAAGAAAGCCUGCCAUGGGGAGACGGGCGAUGCCUGCCUCCUGCUCACCCCUGAUCAAGUCGUCGACAGGAUAUUCCAAUUAGUCGACGCGAACGGAGACGGAGGUACGGAUUUGCCAGGAUUUCUCUCGACUCUCCCCCCGCAGGCCAGCUCUCUCUGGACGAGUUCAUUGACGGAGCGCAGAGAGACAAGUGGGUGAUGAAGAUGCUUCAGAUGGACGUGAACCCGGGAGGCUGGAUUAGUGCGCAGAGAAGGAAGAGCACUUUAUUCUGAAGGCGCUCAAACCAAAGGACUUGCUACCGAGCGCUCCCCUUCCUUCUGCCCUGCCCUUUCCUUUCGGUCUGUUGCUUUAUUUUUUCGGUGUUUUAUGUUGUUUUACAUCUCAGGCUUCUGAAAUUGUAACCCUAGGUGUGUUUGCACUAGAACAUUCACUAGGGAUAACAUAUAUGUCUAUGAAGUACACUGCUGGCUAUUUUAUUAGGACCCUGAUCACAGCCUUGAUUCAGCAAGGGGCUCCCAGGAUGUUAAUCCACUUGUUACCAGCUCACGCAGGUGUGGUGGCCACGGAAGAUCUCUGUCAUGCUCCUCAAGCCAUUCUCACACAGUGGCUGGCUUAGUGAUCGGCCUCAAGGUACAGGUGACUCCAUGUUAGGUGGAUCCACAGCGAUGCUGAAUUACACUGGAUUGCUCUGCCUUCCAGAGUCCUCGAGGGACCCAGGGUAUACCAGGGCAGUGCCAAACCCAAUCAGGUGCUAAUGAAGUGGCCAGGCAAUGAGACGCUUUGCAAUAAUUGCUCUGUCGGUCUCACAGGUUUUCUGGUUGAUAGAUGUUUACCUGUACAGAUGGGGGUUCCAGUGACGUGAAAUAGUCUUCAAAGGGGGGGGGGAGGGGUCUGUGCAGAUUUCGAUAAAGAUCCAGUCCAAGUGUUGGAUAUUCAAGAGUUGUUUUUUUAGUUUAUUAAUUUAUUUUUUUUGCAGUUUUUGUCACUUCUUACAAUGAUUGGUGGCAUUCCUUUCAAGAUUGGUGUUUCCAAAGGAUCUCCUCCAACACUCCAGAGUUUCUUCUAGUGUGCACGUGGCCUUCUUCUUGUUUCAGCGAUGACGUGGCAGUCUUUGCUUCCCAACGCUUGCUUUUCCUCUCCCCCACCCCCCUUCCCCCUUCCUCUCUCUCUUUCUCUUCCAUCACAUCGAGAUCAGUUCCUUGAGUUUCUCUAAGGCAGCAUUUUUCAGGUCAUCCGCAACUCAAACGUAAUACUGCACUGACGAGAAAUGUCUCUGCACGUGGACACAUGGCAAAGGGUUUAUCUUGAGCUCAGCCUCACUACAUUUAGGAUCAAGGUGUUAAUUCAGCUAUAAAUAACACAAUGUACAGUACAAUGACCCAAAACCAGGGCUAUCAAAGGACCACCAAUGAGAAAUAAUGAGAUGGACCUUUUCAUAAAGUUUACGUGUGUUUUUUCUGUGGAACAAGGAUGUAUUUCACUGAGGAAAGCGAUUGAUUCAGGAUCGUGGUCAAAUCAUUUGCAACCCCAUGUAACAGUAUGCUAAACGCCCACACUGAACUCUCCAGUUUCCCUUUCUAUACGAUGGUUUGCAUUCCUUGGUCAUGUUCAUUUUCUUGUCCUUCUUUCCCGUAUUCUGUGUGCUUUAUCGGUUUCUUCCCAUGCCUGACAGUACUUCCAAUGUGCUAUACUGCACACUGACAUAAACCUUCAUCUCAAUGUGAUGGGAUCUAUUCCUAAAACAGGCUUCCAUGCUAACACUUCAAACAGUCUCCACUCCACAGACAGCUCGGAUCUACUGUACAGAUUGUGAGGGAACAAUUCUGGACCAAAUCAAAAAAAGCAAACCUGCUGGUUGAUAUUUUGCGAAUGGACAGUAUUUUGUACAAAGUGAAUGACUGUAAAUAAAGAAUAUUUCAUUUCUUAAA